AACUAAAAAUGAUACAAGUCUUAAUCGGAAAAAGCAAUAAAUAGAACACAACUUCUCACUUGUGAGUCCACGUUUCUUUCAACCGCAUCGUACCAACAGACACACACACACACCGAUUCAUGGGGAGAUUGUUUCUAAUCAAUUUGGAAGGUAGGAUCUAUACCUGCAAAUUCUGUCGCACUCAUCUUGCUUUAUACGAAGACAUCGUUUCCAAGACUUUUCAUAGCAGACAUGGGAAAGCUUAUCUCUUCAAUAAGGUCGUGAAUGUUUCUCUUGGUGAAACUGAGGAGAGACCGAUGAUGACUGGGCUACAUACCGUGGCUGACAUUUACUGUGUGGGUUGCGGAUCGAUUGUGGGUUGGAAAUAUGAGACAGCCCAUGAAAAAGACCAGAAGUACAAGGAAGGAAAGUCUGUACUUGAACGGUACAAAGUGUCAGGUCCUGAUGGUAGCAAUUAUCGGAUCAACAAUGGAGCACAUGUAGGGGGAAGCGACGCAGAUGAUAUAUAGUCGUUUAUCCCGCCAUUCCUAAUUCACCAUAGUUGGAUGAAGAAAGCCUUUCAGGUUCCAUUUCCUGUAUCUCUGUCAACUAAAAAGUAAUUGUAAUAUAUUGAAAUUGAAAUAAAAGACUGUUGGAAACUAUGUAUGAUUAUAACUAAAACUUUUGUUGGUUGAUUUUAUGUUGGUUUCUUGUUGAAACUAAUUUGAAUUCA